GAGAAAGAGUGAGAGAUAUAGAACACACGUGUGUACGCGACGGGUGGCGCGGGCGGAGUGAAGAGGGGCGAGGUGGCGCCACGACUCUCGCGUGCCGAAUACGGCGAGGGGCGCUAAUGGUGGGGAGAAAUGUUGAAUGAUCCAUAGAGACUCUGAGAAGGGAUUAGUGUGAGUGAGUGCGACUGCGGCGCUGCUAGUACAAGAAGUAUUGUGAUUGGUCGAUAGGAUGCGGCACGGAGGAUAGAUAGUGGGGGUUAAGCGGCUACACUGGCUUCGGAAAUGGCCGCGGGAACGUAGAGAGCGCUUCGUCGGCCGGCGGACGACGACGACGACGAGGACGACGAGGACAACGAGGACAACGAGGAAAACGAAAAGGAAGAUUUCAAGUUAUUCGUUGUGCGCUUAAUAUUGCGUGCAAAAUUACAUUUCUCUCAAGUGGAGUGGACGGUAAUCGUCAUUUAAAGUUAUAAUGUUUUUAUGAGAAGAAGAAUUAAUGUUCGACGGAAGGAGAUAGGAGACGUAUUGGUGAGAGAUAUUCGCGCGUGAGAGUUAAAGAGAGAAAGAGAAAAAUAUAGAGAAAGAGAAGAAGAGAGUAAGAGAGACAGAGAGUGAGAGAAAAAAAAGAGAGAGAGAGAAAGAGAGAAUUUUACGUUGAAGAGAAAGAAAGAAAUAAAGAGAGAAAAGACGCAAGAAUGGCCGGCGACGACGGAGCGCCGAAAACGAACAAUGAGAUCUUCACUGAAGAGGGAGAGGAGGGAAGGGGUGCGUUAGCGCGGGGAGAACCGCAUUCCAGAGUGGGCGGCAUUCUGGAAUGCGAUCCACCCGGUAACAGGAAUUCACCGAGCAAGCGAGCCUGCAGCGCCGCCGCCGCCGCCUCCGCCGCCGCCACUGUCUCCGACGAAGACGUGGACUGCAAAGAUGAGGAAGAGCUUGAUGAGGAAGCUGAUGAAGAGGAUGGUGGUGGAGAAGGAGGAGAUGGUGGCGGAGGAGGGAUAGUAUACAGAUAUGCCAUCCGAACCGCUACCAGUGCUAUGUCUUUUAUCGAAAUCUGCCAGAUACGCUUGCAACAUCUCUUCCCACAAUUGGCGCCACCCCCUCGAUAUAAACUAUGUGAAAAUUCGAUUGAAUUUACUGCCGAAUGUUUGGCAAACGACGUGAUACGUUAUCUCUUGAAGGAAGACAUUUAUCUAAUAUCAAGAGAUCCGGUAUCUCGCAGCAUGCGGCAUAACGUAUACCGGAUGCUGAACAAGCACAGUAUACUCUUCACAAGUAUGGUCAACCGUUUGAACGUUGUCCCUGAUACAGCUUACGAAGCUUUCGUCUGUGUCGCCGACGAGUUGUUCCUUCACGGUGGCGUUACGUGGGCGAGAAUCGUUUGUUUGUACGCUUUUAUGGGGAGAUUAGCAUUAUGGGCGAGGGAUAGGAGGAUGCACGCAUUGAAAAAGAAAUUACCUUUGUAUGUUUCACGUUAUAUCGGCGAAGAAAUAGCACACUAUAUUAAAGGAUACGGAUGGGAACAACUUUGCGUAGAGUAUCCAGUCGCCGAAGAGGUUAGCGGAGCAAUCUGGAGAAGUCUCCUAAUGACGGGUGCAACUCUUGGCUUGGUGACCACCAUAUUAACCGUAACUUCCUGAUACAAUGUCGCAAAUCGUUGUUUAAACCAGGGUACGUUCCGGUCGAAACCCUUUUGCGUACUUAUCUUUUACGAGAACGCGAUCAAAAGGAUAUUCGAACGUGUUCUUUUUUCCCGCGCUUAGGACGCAACCCAACGAAACGAGCGUGACGCUACUACUACUUCACUACAACUACUACUACUACUACUACUACUACUACUACUACUACUACUAUUACUACUAUUUCUACUAUUUCUACUAUUUCUACUACUAUUACUACUAUCACCUUCACCGUCAUCACCACUACUACUAUUACUACGCUACAACUACACACGUAUACAGACACAUCUAACAAUAGCAGAAAUUUGUUGUUGCGUUUCAAUGUUUUCCUUGUACAAUUGAUUCGACGAAAACGAAUCGAACACGAAUUUCAAUGAAAUCAACGAAAACCAAUCAAAGAGACUUUCAUGUCAUUACCAAUCGUCUGCCGCCAUUAUUCUUUCACAAUUUUUUUAUAAUUUAAUCCAUUCGAAAAACUCUAUGAUAUAAGAGUAAGAGAGAAUAAGAAAACGAAGACGAAAAAAAGAACACUUAGAAUUUUUAUGUUUCUUUGAUAAAUGAAUCUAUUUCUUUUUCUUUUUUUUUUUUGUUUAUUUUUUGUUUUUGAUUUUUUCUAACGAAUGUACGUGUACAGGCACGAACGCAUGCACAUACAUA